AUGGAGGUCUAUAUCUUCGGAGAUCAGACCGCGGACUGCCGCUCGUUUCUGGCAAAGGCUGUUGGACGGAAGGAAAACGUUCUGUUGAAUGUGUUCCUUGAGAAGGCUGCUUUUGCAAUUCGAGACGAGAUCUCAAGACGCGCAUAUAUUCAGAGCGACAUCCCAAACUUCAGCACUGUACAAGAACUCGCCGAGCGAUACUACAAAAGCGAGUCACCAGACACUGCAAUCGAAAGCUCUUUGGUGUGUCUCGCUCAACUAAUCCACUUUAUCGGAUGUUUUGAAGAGCAGCCGCGAACAUAUAUUCCGUCUUCUUUCUCUCGCCCUGAUGCAAAGAUUGUCGGUCUGUGUACAGGUUUAAUUGCGGCAAGUGCUGUAGCUUCUGCUGAUUCGCUCACCGCUCUUGUCCCACUUGCGGUAGAAGCAGUUCGUGUUGCCUUCCGAACCGGGGCUCAUGUCGGCCGCGUUGCGCAACAGGUGGAGUGCGAGCCUGGUCGAAAAUCGUGGUCAACUAUUGUUGCUGCUGAUGUGAAAGCAGUCGAAGCAGCACUUUCCGAGUUCCACGAAGAAAAUGGAAUUUGCACAUCCAAUCGUUUAUGGAUCAGUGCGGCAUCGGCAACGGCCGUGACCGUCAGUGGACCUCCAUCAAUCAAGCAAAGACUACUGGAGAGCUCGGAUUUCUUCCAGAAGCACACCAAAGUCAAUGCAACUGUUUAUGCACCCUACCAUGCCUCGCAUUUGCACUCCCGAGCGGAUAUCGAGCGCAUCAUUCGACCACAGACUCGGGUGAUCUUCAGCGCCGCCAGGGUUCUCUUCCCUGUUUGCUCUAGCGUGUCUGGCGAGCCAAUCGAGACUGAAAAUCCAAUUGAGCUGUUGGAAGCUUGCUUGAGCGAGAUCCUGCUUGAGCCCAUACAUUGGGACUUGGUCCUCAAGCAUUGUGGCUCAACCACCGCUAGCGAUGUUAAAGUGCAUGCGAUUGGACCGACCAAUCUUUCCAGCAGCAUGGUCUCAGCCUUGAAAGCAUCCAACGCCCAUGUUACAUUAGAGGACCAAUCUGCAUGGCUCUCUACUUCCACCACUGGAACGAAGCGAAAGGGGGAUGCCGACAUUGCCAUCAUCGGUAUGGCUGGAAGAUUCCCUGAUGCGGCCGAUCAUGAACUGUUCUGGCAAUUGCUUGAGCAGGCACGUGAUGUGCACAGGCCAGUACCUGCAGACAGAUACCCGGUGGAUUCUCAUACCGAUCCUACGGGCAAGACACGCAAUACCUCGCACACCCCAUAUGGCAACUUUAUCGAAAAUCCAGGUUUGUUUGAUGCCCGGUUUUUCAACAUGUCACCAAGAGAAGCUGCUCAGACAGAUCCGAUGCAGCGGUUGAUGCUUGUAACAGCAUACGAAGCUAUGGAAAUGGGCGGCAUGGUCAUUGGACGCACACCCUCCACAAAGCGUGACCGCAUCGGCACGUUCUACGGCCAGACCAGUGACGACUGGCGAGAAAUCAACGCCGCGCAGGAUGUCGAUACAUAUUUCAUCUCUGGUGGUGUCCGCGCUUUCGGUCCUGGACGCUUGAAUUAUUUUUUCAAGUUCAGCGGCCCCAGUUUCUCCGUCGAUACAGCAUGCUCUUCAAGCUUUGCUGCCCUCAAUGUUGCUUGCAAUUCGCUUCGAGCUGGCGAAUGUGAUACCGCGUUCUCAGGCGGUGCUAAUGUACUUACCAACCCUGAUAUUUUUGCUGGGCUCAGUAGAGGCCAUUUCUUGAGCAAAACUGGUUCCUGCAAAACCUUCGACAACAGCGCUGAUGGUUACUGCCGUGGUGAUGGUGUCGCAACAAUCAUCCUGAAAAGAAUGGACGAUGCAAUUGCUGACAGAGAUCCGAUUCUUGGUGUCAUCAAAGGCUUCGGCACCAACCACUCCGCCGAUGCAGUCUCCAUCACUCAUCCUUGCGCCAAAGACCAAGCCUUCCUCUUCUCGAAAGUAUUGGCAGAAGCACAUGUGGACGCUCAUGACGUCAAUUAUGUCGAAAUGCACGGUACAGGUACGCAAGCUGGGGAUGGUAUUGAGAUGGAGUCUGUCACUAGCGUCUUUGCUCCAAGGCACAGAAGACGCCGACCAGAUCAACCACUAUAUCUGGGCGCGGUCAAGUCCAACAUUGGACACGGUGAAGCAGUUUCUGGUGUUACUGCCCUUAUCAAAGUCUUACAGAUGCUGCGGAAAAGUGCAAUUCCUCCCCAUACAGGCAUCAAAACCGAGCUCAACAAGACCUUUCCCACAGAUCUCAAAGAGCGUAAUGUUAACAUUGCUCUCAAGCUCACACCUCUCAUCCGACCUCCUGGUGGCAAACGAACCAUCUUCAUCAACAACUUCAGUGCCGCUGGUGGCAACACGGCAAUUCUGUUGACAGACGGUCCAGAGGUGCCUGCACCAUCAGCCGAUCCCCGCUCCCAACACAUCGUGACUGUCUCUGCAAAGUCACUUGCAGCAUACAAGAAGACGAUCCAAAAAUUGCUCAACUUCGUCGAAGCAAAUCCAUCUGUUCAUCUACCUAGCCUCUCAUAUACCACAACCGCGCGUCGACUACAUUUCACAUAUCGUGCAGCUUUCUCAGUAGCUGACACUACCCAACUUAUAAGCUCUUUGAAGACCCUUCAAAAUGGCACACAUAACCCUAUCAGCAUGAAUGCUCCUCAAGUUGCGUUCGCAUAUACUGGCCAGGGUUCCCAAUACACUGCCAUGGGCAAGACACUCUACGAAACAUCCAAGCAGUUCCGUGUUGACCUAGAGGAAUUCAACGAAAUUGCUAUUCGUCUGGGACUACCGACCUUCCUACCGCUCAUUGACGGGUCAAUCGAUGUCAAAGAGCUUCCUCCUACUACAGUUCAGCUCGGCAUGACUUGUGUUCAGAUGGCCUUGACAAGACUGUGGUCUGCAUGGGGUGUCAAGCCAAGUGUUGUCAUAGGUCACUCUCUAGGCGAGUAUGCUGCUCUUCAAGCCGCAGGUGUCUUGUCUGUCUCGGACACGAUCUAUCUUGUCGGCAGGCGAGCUGCAUUGCUCGAGGAGAAAUGCACAGUUGGUACUCAUGCCAUGCUGGCCAUCCGAGCGCCUGUUGCCGCCUUGCAUGAUGUUGUUGUUUCCAGCCGGGGCAAGAUCGAAAUUGCCUGCAUCAACGGCAUCUCAGAUACCGUGUUAUCAGGCACCGUCACCGAUAUCGACAACGUUGCCGAGACUCUGACGGCCGCCGGCCAAAAGUCCACAAAGCUUCGAUUACCUUUCGCGUUCCACUCGUCGCAAGUUGAGGCGAUUCUACCAGCAUUCGAAAAACUUGCAAGUGCCGUCACCUUCCAUGCACCAAACAUCCCAGUCAUCUCACCAUUGAUCAGUGACGUUGUCACGGAGCCAGGAACGUUCGAUGCCGCCUAUCUCGGCCGACAUUGUCGAAAGACAGUCGAUUUCGUUGGUGGUCUUUCCGCAGCCAUGUCUCAGCAAUUCAUUAACAACGGUUCGAUCUGGUUGGAGGUUGGUGCUCAUCCGAUCUGUGCGAGCAUGAUCAAAGCUACGUUAGGAGCUGCGACCCUUCCAUCACUCCGCCGUGACGAGGAUCCGUGGAAGAUCAUCUCAAACAGCGUGGUCGGACUCUACGCAGCUGGUAUCCCAAUUGAAUUCAACGCAUAUCACUCAGGCUUUGAUAGUUUAACUGUGCUUGACCUACCAACAUACGGAUUUGAUGACAAGGUCUACUGGCUCCAAUACGAAGGUGACUGGACCUUGACAAAGAACCAUGCUCCUACGCCCGUUGCACAGAAGGCAAUCACCGAAGCACCGAAGCCGAAAGCAUACACCACUUCCGUCCAGACCAUCCUAUCUGAGAAGGUUGAAGGCAACAAGGCCGAGGUCGUUGCUGAGUCUGAUCUCGCCGAACCGCAACUAUUCCAAGUUGUGUCCGGUCAUCUUAUCAAUGGCGCCGGCCUCUGCCCGUCUUCGCUCUAUGCUGAUAUGGCGUUGACCAUUGCUGACUAUGCCUACAAGCUUCUCAAGCCAGGGAGCAAGGUGGACAUGAACGUUGGCUCAAUGGAAUGUCCAACACCACUGAGAUUGAAGAAUAUUACGAACCCAGAAAGCCAGGUGGUCCAGAUCGAGACCAAUGUGGAUCUCACCCUUGGCAAGGCGGAAUUCAAGAUCUCCAGCAACGGUGGAAAGAUACUGCACGGCAGGUGCCAGGUCAUGUUCGAAGACGCGGCCACAUGGACUGCGCAAUGGCAACGAACUGCAUUCUUACUUCAAGAUCGACUGAGGAUGCUCAAGUCGAAGAUGGAGGAGGACGAAGCUGACAAAGUUGGCCGAAGGAUGGCUUACAAGCUGUUCGCCAAUACUGUCGAUUACUCUGACAAGUUUCAGGGCAUGAACGAUGUCAUCUUCGACGGACCUGAACGCGAAGCGACCAGUCACAUCAAGUUUCGAGCUGGUCCUCAAGACGGUACUUUCAUGCAAAGUCCCUUCUUCAUUGAUAGCGUUGCACAUCUAUCUGGCUUCAUUGUAAACGCCGCCGCCGAAUCGAAGAACAAUGUUUACAUCUCACACGGUUGGGAGAGCAUGCGCUUCGCAGAGGCUUUUGACCACACCAAAGAGUACAACGCUUAUGUCAAAAUGCAGCCCGCAGGAGGCAAAAUCCUUGCGGGAGACGUAUACAUCUUCAAUGCAGAGAAGAAAAUCAUCGGCGUUGUUGGCGGCUUGAAGUUCCAAUGCAUACCAAGGUCUCUCCUAAAUACUUUCCUUCCACCACCGGAUGGCUCUGCCCCAGCUCGAGCAAGGCCCCAGCCCAAAGCUCCGGUAAAGAAGCCAACGGCCAUUGAGAUUCCGAAGAUGACCAAGAAGGCAUCCAAGCCUGCCAAAAACUCCAAGCCUACCAAGGCUGUCGCUUCUGGUGUGCUGGGUAAAGCGUUCGACAUCAUUAUUGCUGAACUCAAUGUUGAGGCCUCGGAGCUGGCAGAUGCAAUUCAGUGGGCUGAUCUUGGCGUGGACAGCUUGAUGGCUCUGACCAUUUCUGGUCGUUUCCGCGAAGAGUUGGAUAUCGAGCUGUCAAGCACGCUCUUUACCGACUUCACCUCUGUUGGAGAAUUGAGGGCUCACUUCUCAUCCACUUUGGGUGGUGAAAGUGUUCCAUCGUCCAGCAGCUCUACGGCAGAUGAAUCCGAUUACUCUGACAGCGACGACGCCAAUGAGUCUGGCAUCACAACACCCGACUCAGCAGACUUCGACCUCAAGGAGCUGAAGUCUUCCAAUGCUCCUGCUCCUGCCCCAGCCGUAGCGGGGACGGAAAGUGAAGACGAUGACCUCAUUGCCACCAUCCGGUCGACCAUUGCGGAUGAAAUGGACAUUGACAUUGAAGAAAUCACCGAAACCACCGACCUCAGCACCCUAGGGAUGGACUCUCUGAUGUCGCUCCAAGUUCUAGGCAGCCUUCGCGAGAAAGCUGACAUUGAACUCGAAUCCACAAUCCUUGCCGAUAAUCCUUCAUUAGGCCACCUUCGCAAAGCUUUGGGACUCCAUAAACCUGCGGUAGCACCGCCCUUAGCCUCCAAAUCCGAAGUCCAACAACCUGCUCUCGUCCGUGCUGACUUGUCAGAAGUUACCGUCACCAAAAAGAUGCCACCGGCGACCUCGGUUCUGCUCCAAGGCAACGUCAAAACCGCAACCCGUAACCUCUUCCUCUUCCCCGACGGUUCCGGCUCCGCCACUUCCUACGCCGGCAUCCCCAAAGUGGACUCCAGCAACCUCGCCAUCUUCGGCCUGAACUGCCCCUUCAUGAAGGAUCCCACCUCCUACACCUGCGGCAUUGAAGGCGUCUCUAAACUCUUCUUGGAAGAAGUCCUGCGCCGCCAACCCACAGGGCCUUACACCCUUGGAGGUUGGUCAGCCGGUGGCGUUGUCGCCUACGAAGUCACUCGCCAACUCGACGACAUGAAUAAGGCUAAUCCAGCUGGGAAAUACUACGUCGAUCAGCUUAUAUUGAUUGACUCGCCCUGCCCAGUGGCCCUUGAACCCCUUCCCGCCCGCCUGCAUCAUUUCUUCGACGAGAUAGGCCUCCUCUCCACCGGUACUGGCAAGGCCCCCGGUUGGCUACUCCCCCACUUUGAGUACUCCAUCAAAGCCCUGACCGCCUAUAAGCCCGAAGCCAGGUCCAAAAAUGGCUUCAAGUCCCCACCGGUAUUCUUCAUCUGGGCAACUGAGGGCGUUUGCGGCAAGCCCGGCGACCCAAGACCACCACAACAGGAUGACGAUCCCAAGAGCAUGAAGUUCUUGCUGGAUAAUCGGACGGAUUUCGGUCCGAAUGGAUGGGAGAAGCUGCUGGACGUGGAAGGGGGAAAGGCAAGGAUCGUCAAGAUUGAGGGGAAUCAUUUUACCAUGAUGAGGCAGCCUGUGGUGAGCUCUAUCCUCUCGCGCGUGUGA